UUAGCGUGGUUCAUCGGAAGCAUCAGCACUGCGCGGAGGACGGCGCCGGCUCUAAUCACACCUCUUCAGGUUAUCUUUACCGACUCUAUAGAAGAGAAGCAGUAUACAAUGGACGGCAGCGGCGAGGGACCACCUCUGGGUAGGGCUAGGGGCCGCUCUCGCGGACGACUGCAACCCUCGGCACCGCAGUCUCCAGCAACGAGCGUGUUGUCGCGGCCUUCACCUAUGCCGACGCCGCUGUCGGUCACGUCGACGAUGUCCGACGUCAGCAGCCUCACGGCGUCCGUGGAUAGGAUGAGCAUCACCGGAGAAGCGGUGCAGGCCGUUGCGCACUUGGCGGGCAUGGUGGGUCCUAGUCCAGAUGCCAAGGCAGGCCGUGGUGCCCGGCGUGACCGGCGCGAAGAGUUGGCCAUUCUCGCUACGCGGCCCGCGAACCUGACCGACAAGUGUGGCCGCACAGGCAACCCCAUCCGGCUGCUGGCCAACUACUUCCGGCUGAUGUCGCUGCCCCAGUGGUGCGUGCACCAGUACCACGUCGACUUCCUGCCACUGGUCGAGUCGAGCCGCGUGCGGCGUGCACUGAUGAACGACCACCGCGAGCGAUUCGGCCGCUGCUUCGUGUUCGACGGCAUGUCGGACCUCAAGACGCCCACCCGGCUCGAGCGUGACCUACUGGAGCUGCACUCCCAGCGGCACACUGACGGCGCGCCCAUCGUGAUCCGCAUCAAGUGGGUCCAGCAGCUGGCGCCAAACAACCCCGAGGUGCUGCGCCUGCUCAACACGCAGAUGCGCCGCAACCUCGAGCACCUGGGCUUCGUGCAGAUAAACCGGCACUUCUUUGACAAGCGCGCCGUGUCGGCCAUUCCGCAGCACGGGCUCGAGCUUUGGCAAGGGCUGGUCACGGCCAUCGGGCAGCACGAGACUGGCGUCAUGAUGGUCACGGACACAGUGCAUAAGGUGCUCCGACGAGACAGCGUGCUUGACCUACUGACUCACGUAUCGUCGUCACCGAACUACAGGGAGGAGGCUAUGAAGCACAUCACCGGCUGCAUAGUCAUGACGCCGUACAACAACAAAACGUACCGCGUGGACGACAUCGACUGGAACAAAAACCCUCUCAGCUUGUUCGAGACCAAAGAGGGGCAGAAGUCAUACGUCGACUACUACCGGGAACAGUACGAGAAAUGCAUUCGGGACGCGAGGCAGCCACUGCUGGUGUGCCGUCCGAAGGAGAGAGACCUGCGUGCUGGAAGGACCGAUAACAUCUACCUUAUACCGGAGCUGUGCGUCCUCACUGGACUCACUGACGAGAUGCGUGCCAACGUGUCGGUGAUGCGUGACUUGGCCCAGCAUACUCGCGUCGAGCCGCCGAAGCGCAUCCGCUACCUGCUCGAGUUCAUCGGCCACAUCAACGGCGACGAGGCGAUCCGCCGGGAGAUGGACCAGUGGGGCCUCAAGUUCGACGACGCACUUGUCACCCUCGAGGGCCGCGUGCUGCCAGUUGAGCGCGUGAUACAGGGCGACCGCAGUCACCGCUACAACCCGCAGACCGCCGAUUUCUCGCGCGAGACGCGCGACCAGCGGCUGCACGUGUCGGUCAACAUCGAGUCGUGGAUCGUGAUCUGCCCCAAGCGGGAGGAGACCAACGCCACCGAGUUUGUGCGCACCAUGCUGAGCGUGUGCCCGCCAAUGGGGCUGGGAAUGGGCCAGCCGCAGAUGUUGCAGCUGGACGACGACCGAGCGGGCAACUACGUGCGCGCCCUGCACGAGGUCGGGAGCGGCGGCAACCUUCAGUUGGCGAUCGUGGUGCUGCCCAACAACCGCAAGGACCGCUACGACAUGAUCAAGAAGCAGGCCUGCGUCGAUCUCGGACUCCACACGCAGGUGAUCCUGGCACGGACCAUCGGCAACCGCCGUAACCUGCGCUCGGUGGCCACCAAGGUGGCCAUUCAACUGAACUGCAAGCUGGGUGGCGAGGCCUGGUGCCUGGAGAUCCCUCUGGUCAACACCAUGGUCGUUGGCUACGACACGUACCACGACUCGAGCUCACGCAAGCUCUCGGCGGGUGCCUUUGUGGCCAGCAUGAACCGUACGCUGACGCGCUGGUACUCUCGCGUCGCCUUCCACGCCACGCACCAGGAGCUGGGAAGCUCGCUGUGCCUCCUGCUGCAGGAUGCACUGCGCAAGUACAUGCAGGUCAACUCGGGCGCAGCGCCAGACAGGAUCAUCUUCUUCAGGGACGGCGUCUCUGAUGGUCAGAUACCACAGGUGCGGGAGUGGGAAAUUGACCAGAUUAUCAGCUCGCUGAACGCGCUCUUCCCGGGCGUAGAUCACAAGCUGGCCUUCGUGGUGGUGACCAAGCGCAUCACCACGCGCUUCUUCUCGCACAUGCCAAGCGGCGGCUACGGCAACCCGCCGCCCGGCACCGUGGUCGACACAGAGGUGACGCGCCCCGAGCGAUACGACUACUUCCUGGUGUCGCAGAGCGUCCGCCAAGGCACCGUGGCCCCGACGCACUACAACGUCAUCUACGACACGACGGGCCUAAAGCCGGACCACAUGCAGCGGCUGUCGUACAAGCUGACCCACCUAUACUUCAACUGGCCCGGCACCAUCCGCGUGCCUGCACCCUGCCAGUACGCUCACAAGCUGGCCUUCCUGGCAGGCCAGUCGCUGCACAGUGAGCACAGCCCCCGCUUGGCAUCCACCCUGUUCUAUCUGUAGUUGGCUUUGACGAACCCAUGAGACAGGGCUGUGUCGAGAUGCAUGGACGGACUUGCAACAAGAAAGUUCAACCUCGUGUCAGGCUACGCCAUCCGUCCUGGAGGACUUAUUAUUUUACACAAGCACUCUUUCAGUUUGAUUCCGUAUAUCCAAUAAGUAUCCAUCGUUAAAUAUAUUACUUCUUGCAUAAAUGAUUGCUUUCUCUACGUAGCGUUAUUUCAUCAUGUCUACCUGUGCAAGAAAAAAGUAUGUAAUGAAAAACAAAACAAAAAUUGUUUCUGAUCCAUAUGUAUAUAUCACAAGGGAUAAUGAAAUGUAUCUGUAAAUGUGCUGUUUGUCAAUUGUUCUUGAUUGAUGCGAUAUUUCGGAACUGCAUAAAUGUGAAAUCGUAUAUAGGUCUGCAUUCAUGCACGAUGCCUUUCCUUUUAAAUCAUUGCAGGGGUCUCCCCUACGCAUUCGACUAUUUUCUCUACUAAUUACCAUUCACUUUUGUUGUAUUUCAACUUUCUAUCAAUAAAUUUUGUU